AUGAAAGUACCUGGAGAGGAACCACUAGAGGAUGAGGGGCAGAUGAGGAUACAGCAGGGAGAGGAGCAUGGAGUGGAGCAUGGUGAUGAGGUACACGUUGAGGAGGUGCAGGAGAUGGAGCAGGGAUACAUUCAGGGGAACACCCAGGGCAUACAUGUGGAGGAGCAGGGUAUAGGUUCAGGUGACUUCGAGGGUUUUGACACUCAGUUUACUAACUUACCUGCAUAUGAGACGACAGGGAAAUUGAGAUCACAGUGGGAUGGACCUUUUGUGGUUGUAUCUGUUGCCCCGCAUGGUGCAAUUGAGAUCAGGAAUCCACAGAAUGGGAAAACUUUCAAGAUUAACGGUCAAAGACUGAAACCCUAUGUUGAUGGCCUUGUUGAUGGCCAAUUAAUUGAGUCUUUAGACCUAGUGGAUGUGGAUUAUGAUCAUGCUUCUGAUGGACUACCCUAA